AUGUCUAAGUCGGCAUCACCCAAGGAGCCUGAACAGCUGCGGAAACUCUUCAUUGGAGGGCUGAGCCCCGACACAACCGACCAGAGUCUAAGAACCCAUUUUGAGCAAUGGGGAACGCUCACCGACUGUGUGGUGAAGAGGGAUCCAAACACCAAGCAAUCCAGGGGCUUUGGGUUUGUCACCUACGCCACCGUGGGAGAGGUGGACGCUGCUAUGAAUGCGAGACCACACAAGGUGGAUGGAAAAGUUGUGGAAGCUAAGAGAGCCAUUUCUAGAGAAGAUUCCUGGAGACCAGGUGCCCUCCUAACUGUGAACAAGAUCUUCGUGGGUGGUAUUAAAGACGACACGGAAGAACAGCACCUGCGAGAUUACUUUGAGCAGUAUGGGAAAAUUGAAUUGAUUGAAUUUGUUACAGACAGAGGCAGUGGGAGAAGAAGAGGGUUUGCUUUUGUCACCUUUGAUGACCAUGACCCUGUGGACAAGGUUGUUAUUCAGAAAGACCAUACUGUGAACGGCCACCACUGUGAAGUGAGAAAAGCCCUGUCAAAGCGAGAGAUGGCUAGACUUCGAAGUGGUUCCGGAAACUUUGACGGUGGCCGUGGAGGUGGUUUUGGCAGUAAUGACGAUUAUGGUGGAGGGGGAAACUUCAGGGGUGGUGGUGGAUUCCAUGGUAGACGUGGUGGUGGCUAUGGUGGCAGUGGGGGUGGCUCUAAUGGAUUUGGUAAUGCUGGAAGCAAUUGUGGCAAGAGCUCCCGUCCUAAUGGUGGAAGCCAACACUUUGCUAAACCAGGAUACCAAAGUGGCUGUGGUGGUUCCAGCACCAACAGUACCUAUGGCAGUGGCAGGAGAUUCCAAUUGCAGCCAGGGAACAAACUCGACCUAAGAAGCAUCGCUGAAGACUCUCAUUUCCGUGCUAUCAUGUCUAAGUCGGAGUCACCCAAGGAGCCUGAACAGCUGCGGAAACUCUUCAUCGGAGGGCUGAGCCUCAAAACAACCGACCAGAGUCUAAGAACCCAUUUUGAGCAAUGGGGAACGCUCACCGACUGUGUGGUGAAGAGGGAUCCAAACACCAAGCAAUCCAGGGGCUUUGGGUUUGUCACCUACGCCACCGUGGGAGAGGUGGACGCUGCUAUGAAUGCGAGACCACACAAGGUGGAUGGAAAAGUUGUGGAAGCUAAGAGAGCCUUUUCUAGAGAAGAUUCCCGGAAACCAGGUGCCCUCCUAACUGUGAACAAGAUCUUCGUGGGUGGUAUUAAAGAGGACACAGAAGAACAGCACCUGCGAGAUUCUUUUGAGCAGUACGGGAAAAUUGAAGUGAUUGAAAUCGUGAUGUACAGAGGCGGUGGGAGAGGAAGAGCGUUUGCUUUUGUCACCUUUGAUGACUAUGACCCUGUGGACAAGAUUGUUAUCCAGAAAGACCAUAUUGUGAACGGCCGCCACUGUGAAGUGAGAAAAGCCCUGUCAAAGCGAGAGAUGGCUAGACUUCGAAGUGGUUCCGGAAACUUUGGUGGUGGUCGUGGAGGUGGUUUUGGCGGCAAUGGCAAUUUUGGUCGAAGGGGAUACUUCAGGGGUGGUGUUGGAUAUGUUGACAAUGGGGUAGGCUAUAAUGGAUUUGGCAACGAUGGAGGCAGUUUUGGCAGGAUCUCCCGUUCUUAUCGUGGUGGUGGCAAAUACUUUUCUAAACCAGCAAACCAAUAUGGCUGGCGUGCUUCCAGCACCAGCAGUGGUUAUGGCAGGGGAUGGAGGUUCCAAUUACUGGACACAAAGCUUAGCAGGAGAGGAGAGCCAGACAAGUAACAGGAGAGCUAUAGGUUACAACAGAUUUGUGAACUCAGACAUGCACAGUAUUGGAUGGGCAUAGCUACUCCAAAGAAGACAUGUGUUAGCAAAUACUCAUGUGUACUGGCAAAACCUCCAGGAAUGUGUUUGUGACUAAUUGUACAGCGGGUUACUUCAGUUUUGUACUGUGCAAAGUAUAAAGAUUUCCAACAGAGGGUUUUACUGUAGACUUUUUUCACCCAUGCUGUAGAUUGCCAACUGUAAUAUCUGAUCAUGAUGCUGAAUAAAAUGUGUCCUUCCUAAAAAAAAAUAAAAAGAGUA